AUGAAAGGUGGGCAAAUGGUGAUAUUUAGCACAUCGAGGCUAUGGAGAUUACCUACGCGGGGCAUGGAGGAAGGGAGAUGUAGAAUUUGGGGUCCUAAAGAACUGUUGAACCAUCCCAUUCAAGCACGCCCCGAAAUCCGCCCUGACUUGCCCGGUCCUAAAGGCUCUAAUAGUAAUAGCCAGGUUGAAAAUGGAAACCAAAUGCUGGUGGUGGAGGCAAGUCAUCCAAUGUAG